AUGUCAUCUGAUGAGAACAAGAAAUGGAUGAAGUGUGACCGUAAGUCUGGUGAAUACAUACAAGGUGUGAGGUCAUUUAUACAGUUUGCCAAGAAUAAUGGUAGUGGGAGGGUUUUAUUUUCAUGUCCUUGUCGAAAUUGUAUGAAUGGUAAAGGUUCAGUUUCACUUAGUGAGAUAUCAUUGCAUUUGCUCAAAUAUGGUAUUUGUUUGACGUAUACAACAUGGCGUCAUCAUGGUGAAAGUUCAGUAGAAGCACGGUCAAGACAUAGGGAUAAGACUACAGCAGGUAUGGAUGGGAAUGUUACAGUAGAUGUGGAUGUGGAUGGGAAUGUUACAUCUGCUAUGGAUAUGGAUGUGAAUGUCACAGAAGGAUUUGAUGUGGAUGAGAAUGUUACAGCAGGUGUGGAUGUGGAUGAGAAUGUUACAACAAAUGUGGAUGUGGAUGAGAAUGUUGGGACCAAGGGGUGUUGUAAGAAAAAGUUAUCAGGGGCCGAGCGAGCAAGAGUACCAUUGUAUCCUUCGUGUCCUAAAGGAAAGUCGGCGUUGUAUGUAGCGAUAAUGGUGAACAUCAUAAAGACUCAGUAUGCGAUUUCAGAUAAUGGUAUGACUGCAAUGUUAGAAUUGAUAAAAGAGUUGCUUCCCGAAGAAAACACCCUGCCAAGUAAGUUUCCAGAUGUCAAGAAGAUAAUUCAAGAGUUGGGGAUGGAUUAUGUAACCUACGAUGCUUGCGUGAAUGAUUGUAUACUCUAUUGGAAGGAUAAGAGUUCAUUGCUGAAGUGCCAUGUAUGUCAAGAACCGCGGUAUGUAAGAGUUUUCAAUGAUGAGAGAAAACUUACUCAAGUUGCGCAGAAGACGUUGAGACACUUUCCAAUAAUUGCAAGGCUGAAAAGAUUUUAUAGUAUACCAUGGAUAGCAGAGGCGAUGCUUUGGCAUUUUAGAGCACAGAAAGAUAUCAAUGUAAUGCGUCAUCCCGUUGAUUCUUCAGCUUGGCGUUGUGCGGAUAGUUUUUGUCCAGAGUUUGCUAAGGAAGCACGGAAUGUUACUCUUGGUAUAGCAACUGACGGCUUCAACCCCAAUGGAUGCUUUGGUCUCAAUUACAGCUGUUGGCCGGUAAUUCUCUGUCCGUAUAAUCUUCCUCCUUCGAUGUGUAUGAAGAGGGAGUUUUCUAUGUUAUGUUUGUUGAUAUCAGGCCCGAGAGCACCAGGUAAAGAUAUCGAUGUUUACUUACAACCAUUGAUUGAAGAGUUGAAAGAGUUAUGGAAUGAUGGUGUUAUGACUUUCGACAGCUUCACCGGUUCUGAAUUUCUGAUGAGAGCUAGGUUGUUAUGGGAAAUUCAUGAUUUUCCAGCAUUAGGGACUCUUUCUGGAUGUGUAACUCAUGGGUAUUUUGCUUGUCCAAGUUGUGGAGAAGAAACAGAUGCUGAGUGGCUGCCAUAUAGUAAGAAGUUGUGUUAUAUGGGACAUCGAAGAUGGCUGCCAACGAAACACAAGUUUAGAGAUGAUAAAACAAACUUCAGUGGAGGAGUUGAGCAUGGUAAAGCUCCAUGGCCACUAACAGGAUUGCAAGUUCAAGAGAUGGUAGCUAAUUUGAAAAGCAAACAGGGUAAAGGAAAACCACCAUCAAAGAAACGUAAAAGAGGACUGAAGGGUAUGCUGAUGAAGAAAUUUCCGAUCACUCUUUAUUUUCUCGAAGGUCUAUUCUUUAUUUUGCCGUAUUGGGGAGCGAACACAGUUCGUCACUGUACAGAUGUGAUGCAUACCGAGAAGAAUAUAACUGAGCACAUUGUUAAUACUGUAUUGGGAAAUAGCAAGUCAAAAGAUGGUCUUAAUGCACGUAAAGAUAUGGAAGCUAUGGGGAUUAAAAAGCGGUUAUGGUUGAAAGAGGAUGACAACACGGGCAAGACAACAAUGGAAGAUGGGUCUUUUGCCUUAACAAAGGAUGAAAAAGUUGCUUUCUGUACAGUUUUGAAGAAUUUAAGGGUGCCUUCAAAUUUCUGUUCCAAUCUUCGCAACAACGUUGGUAUAAAUCCACCGGAGUUGAAGAAUUUAAAGUCUCAUGAUUACCAUGUUAUGAUGCAGUCUUUGUUUCCACUGCUUGUUCAUACUGCAACUUCAUUUCCUAAAGAUCUGCGAGUUGCUCUUCUCCGGAUUAGUUUAUUUUUCAAUAUCUUAUGUGCGAAGGUUAUUAACAGAGAGCAUCUUUUACAAGCUAAAGCUAGUUUGGUGGAGGCGAUGUGUUCUAGAAAAUACUUUCCUCCAUCCUUCUUUGUCAUUAGUAUCCACCUGAUGAUUCAUCUGGCAGAUGAAGCUUUAAUCUGCGGUCCGGUCAGAUUUAGGUGGAUGUACCCCUUUGAGAGGUAA